GUGUGAUGUGAACGGCGCUAACUGCUUUGUUUUUAACUCCAGAGGCUACAGACAGGGCCGAGCCACUCCCAGGAAGUAUAUACAGCCGAGCUCCACCACACCGAGGCACGGUGCGCGGCCCCGCGAGCUGUUUUUAUCAACUUUACCCUGAUAACGUUAAGGCACGUUUGAUUAGAGCUUGUGUAACAAAAGCCUGUGCGGUGAGCAAAGUCUCACUUAUUUACCUCCCGCGGAGCCCUGCACAACUCUCGCUAACGGUAGCUCACAGCAUAACGAUCCAUCAUGAAUUUCAUCCUGGAAACCCUGCAAGUCCUCCUGAUGUCCAUCUGGUACAAUCUGGAGUCCUUCGUCCACCUGUUUGUGCCCAGGAAGAGGAAGAACAUAGAAGGAGAGGUGGUCCUGAUCUCUGGGGCGGGCAGUGGGAUCGGUCGCCUCAUGGCUCAGGAGUUUGCGGCUCUCAACACUGUGCUGGUGUUGUGGGAUAUUAACCAGGAGGGGAUGAAGGAAACGGCCAGGCUGGCUAAAGAGAGCGGAGCCAGCAGAGUGCACUACUAUCUGUGUGACUGCAGCGACAAGAACGAGGUUUACAGAGUGGCAGACCAGGUGAAGCGGGAGGUGGGAGACGUCAGCAUUCUGGUGAACAAUGCUGGGAUUGUGACGGGGAAGAAGUUCAUGGAUGCUCCUGAUUCCCUGAUUGAGAAGACGAUGGAGGUCAACACCAUGGCUCACUUCUGGACCUACAAGGCCUUCCUUCCCGCCAUGAUUGCCAACAAUCACGGCCAUCUUGUCAGCAUUGCUAGUUCUGCUGGACUCAUAUCCUGCAAUGGAUUGGCAGACUACUGUGCCAGUAAGUUUGCAGCAGUAGGUUUUGCGGAGUCCGUGGGUCUGGAGCUGUUGGCCACUGGGAAAGAUGGCGUGAAGACAACCAUUGUGUGCCCAUACUUCAUCAACACAGGAAUGUUCGAUGGAUGUCAAACCAAGUGGCCAACACUGCUGCCAAUCCUGGAUCCAAACUAUGUAGCUAAGAAGAUAAUCCAGGCUGUGCUCACAGACCAGGUGUUCCUGCUCCUGCCCAAGACCAUGUACCUCAUCACUGCUCUCAAGACCCUCCUCCCUGUGAAGCAGGGCAUCAUGCUGGGCCAAUACCUGGGAGCCUUCAGCCUCAUGGACCACUUCAAGGGACGCGCCAUCAAAAAGCAGGAGUGACCGAGGGGAGAGGACGAUAUGAAGCUAAGAGACAUGGAAACAUUACAGGCAUCAAAGCCAAUUUCAUCUGAAUGGUCCCAGUGUAUGAAGUAAUAGAGGUGAGGGCAGAACAUAAUGCUGAUCCUCUCAUUUCAAUGAAACAGUAUAUCUCACUGUAUAAUCCAGCUUUUAAGCUCUCAUAUCCUUAACGUACUUUUUUUAUAUGUAUAUAUAAUUAGUGAAAUUCAAAUGUAAUCUUAUUAACAGUUUGUAUUUGAUUAGUGCUCAGAAGUUUCAGGCAGCCAGUGUCCUUAUACAACUCCUAGACAUGUAACAGCAAGUCAUAAAGACAGGAAACAUGGGUCCAAAGUCAAGUGUGAUGUUUUCUAAAAUCCCCUUACCUGCUGUGUACAGAUGUUUCUUCUUCUGCUGUCAGAGAAGCAAGUCAGUGUACUAAUGACUACAAAGUACACUGCUCUAAUAAUUGUGGACAGGGCUCAUUAUCUCUUACAAUUAGAAGAAAUACGCAUUAAUACAAAAUUCCAGCAUUAAUAAAAUGCAACCUCUAUCACUAGUAUGUGCUCAGAAGAAGUGACAUCUAAAGUUUAAGUGUACAAAUAUCAAUAUACACUUAUUACGCAGACAUUUAAUCUGGUAUAAUGCCAUAUGAGCGCAUUUGUGAAAGUUUAGAGUUUAAAUGUUAAUCUGGCUCAGGUUUGCAGUCUAAAUCAUUUCACCUUAAAAAGCAAUUGCUCUUACUCAGGAACAGCGGACCCUGCCUCAGGGUUUAAAUGUGAUACCCUUGAUAUAUCUUCACCUUGUAAAAAGGGGACACAUCUUCAACUCCUUUAUUCCCGUCCAUCUUUAUUCCUUUAUUCGCAAUUAGCAAGCAGCGCAUUAGCAUGCUACAGCUAGCCGUAGAGUGUGGAGCCCCCUCUGCUAUUCUUCUUCUUUCCAUUCAUUCAUGAAAGCCUGGUGAGCACAGAAUGUGAACACACUGUCAAACCACUAACCUUGCUAGUGCUUCAUAUACUUAUAUAACUAUAUAUGUAACAGUAUGGUGCGUGUGUGUGGUCAGGAAGUGUGUGUUGGUACAGUACAGGUCUCACAUGUCCGUAAAUGAAGUAAUUGUUUUGAAGAACAUGCAUGUUUUUUGCACCUAAAAAAGUCCUUAUUGCCACAUUAAUGGUCCUAUCAUUACAAGUAUAUUGUAAAGAUUAUAAUACUUAUAUGUAUCAUGAAUCAACCGUUGUUUUAAUCAAACAAUGUGUCAUAUUUAAUAUGUAACAGUAGUUGAUGCUUUUAUAUUGAACAACCUGUGUAAAGUCAUCCUAGCUGCUGAUGAUAUUGAAGUUAUUGAAAUGAAGAAUGCACCUGUUGCCUUAAUCAUGCUAACAGUGAAGGACAUGAGAUGUCAAAGAGAUGCGUUAAAAAGAAGGUUUGAAGUCAGAACCAUCUCUCAGUUUGAAUGUUUUGUGAAUUAUUAUCAAUAAAUAACCAUUUGUACGUUUUA